AUGAAGCUCCUGUUCGGUUUGGCCGUGCUGGUGGUGACACUGGGUGUCCUCAAUUCUGCUCCUGACGACCAACCCAAAGACAUCUCAGAGGACACCUUGAAAAAGUUGUCCGUAGAUGGCGAGAAGCUGGUGGAUGAGGAGGUGAGGAGAGCUCUGUAUGGGGUGAAACAGAUGAAGGAGGUGAUGUGGAGGAACGAGCAGAAACAUGAGCACCUCAUGAAGUCUCUGAGACACAGCAGCGAUAAGAAGAAGGGGGCAGCUCAAUUGGCAAAGGAGGUGACAGAGAAGCUGGAGGAGGCGGAGGAGCAGUGCAAAGACUCCUUGCAGUCUGAGUGGGAGGAGUGCAGACCCUGUCUGGAGGAUGCAUGUAAAAAUUUCUACACCUCCACCUGCCGAAGGGGAUUUGCAACCUUCCGUGCUAAGGUGGAGAACUUCUUCCGCAGAGUGUCCAAGCGCUUUGGCCCCCGUGAACCUCCCAUUGACGCUGGAGACAUCCUGGUGAACCAGAGCACUGAAAACACUGACACAGAGGUCAUCCGCAUCGAGGAUUCCUUCAACCGCCUCAUCAGCAAGGUGGGCACCGUAGUGAACCACAGCAUCACCCUGGUGUCCAGGAUGAGCAGCAGGCUCGACAAGGUCCUCCAGAGAGCCUUCCUGAAUGUCACUGAUGCCCUGAUGGAGGAGAGCACUUCCGAUCCGUACUACCCAGCACGGGACUCCGGCUUCCUGCAGGGUGUGGGUGUGGAGGAGGUGCUGGACUCCUUCUUUGACUUUGGCAAGAGUGUGGUGGAAGAGUUUGGAGCUGUGGUGACCCAAGUGUUUGAUGACCUCCAUGAGGCAGUGGAGGAAGAGAAGAAAAAAGAGAGGGAGAGUUUCCCCCGUUUCCUGCAAAACCGGAAGUUGUGCAGAGACCUUCGCAAACAGACCUCAGAGUGCUGGCAGCUACAGAGCCAGUGUGAGGCCUGCCAGGGAGCUCUGCUCACAGAGUGCCCCAGCGUUCGUGAGUUGCAUGUGGAGCUGGACGAGGUUUCCCAGCUGCUGGAUGUGUCCAAAGAACAGUAUGACGAGAUCCUGUCCAUCGUCCAGCGCCACACCGACGAAACCGUCAGCUGGCUUAGUAACAUGGCGGCUGAGUUCAGCUGGGUGGCUCAGGCUGCCAGCAACAGCAGCACUCCUGAAAAUAUCUUCCGCAUCACCAUGGUGGCGCCAAAGAGCCAUGAUGAACAGAACAUGGCGGUCACUGAGACCAAGGUGGAGGUAAACAUCCUGAACUCUCCCCCACUCAUCCUCUCUGUUCCCGGGGGGCUGGAGGUGCAGGACCCAGCCUUCAUCCAGUACGUGGCCCAGGAGGCUCUGGACAAGUACAAAGAGAUGGUCAGGUAUGAGGAUGAAUAAAACUGCAGUACUACUACUUCUCUGAGCUUUUACCAGCACUUUAUUUGUGAACAGAACUAGAUUGUGUUCCUGUAUAGUAAGCAUAAUCUUGAAAAUGUAACUACACUAUGGUUGAACCAUGGCAUUUAUUACUGUUGAUUGAAUGUUUAAAAAAAGAGGUCGGUUGGUAUAAAUAAAUAAAAACAAAUACAAACAAAAGAAAUUGUGACUCGAUUGAGAAUGUGGGAAAAUUGUGAAAUUGGAGUCUUGGACAAUUCGUAAAUGCU